GUGACGUUGGUCGAAAGUUUUGAUUUUUAAUGCUUUUUGUAUUGGGGCAUGUGAAAACUGAAUGUAUGCGUGAAAAUUUUAAGUUUCAUGAUUGGAGAGUGAGUAGAAGAGGAACAUAUUAUGUGCUUUUCAGUUUAGAUUUUUGUUCAUUGGAAACACCAAGAGAACUUGAGUUACCGUUAAUUUUUCUGUUCUUUUUUUCAUUCGAAUUUUUGCCUACUUAAACAAGAGGGUUAGAAUUGGGGCUCAUCUGGAUCUCGUUUUGCAUCUGUGAGAGUUUAGAGUCUUUCUUUCUGUUGAUUUGCUCAGUGAAGCGUUUUUCAUUUCACGUGGAUGUUAUUUUCUUUUUUUGGCCUCAUGCUAUUUUUGUGAAAUUCGUUUUCCUGUAACUGAAGAGGGUGUCUGGAUCGGGGCUAAAAUAUUGGCUAAUUAAGGAGUUUCACUCGUUUUCUCAGCUUCCUUGAUUCGUGUGAAAGUGAGAAAUGUUUGAUUUGGAAGGGUAUUUUUGUCAUUUAGCUAGCGGGUUGUGUUUCUGGGAGGGAUUAUAGCACGGUCUGUUGCGUGUGUUCUUCCCUUUCCAUACGGCUUGUGGAGUGCUCAAAAGACAUAAUUGACCCUUUACCGUUCUGUGUUUGACUCUUGUGUCUACUCUGGAUUGAAUUAUCUAUCUGUAGCUUACCAUUAAUACUGCAGCCUUUCCUGAAAGUUCAGAUAUUAUUCCAGAAGUAGCGAAGCUCCUUAUACAUUAUUUGGCUUAGUGCUCUUUAUUUGGAGUGUACAAUGGGAAACAAUGAGGAAGAAAAAUCUACCAAGACUGAAAAGCCUUCUUCACCUGCAGCAAUGGAUCAGGCCAAUCAGACCAACCAGCCCAAUAUUCAUGUAUAUCCUGAUUGGGCUGCCAUGCAGGCAUAUUAUGGGCAAAGAGUCACCAUGCCACCAUACUACAACUCGGCUGUGGCUUCUGGUCACGCUCCUCACCCAUACAUGUGGGGUCCACCACAGGUACCUAUGAUGCCACCUUAUGGGCCUCCUUAUGCAGCAAUUUAUUCACAUGGAGGGGUUUACCCUGCAGUUCCUAUCGGGCCACACACACAUAGUCAAGGAGUUCCGUCUUCACCUGCUGCUGUGACUCCUUUAAGCAUAGAGACACCACCCAAAUCAUCAGGAAAUAAUGAUCAGGGUUUAAUGAAGAAAUUGAAGGAGUUUGAUGGACUUGCUAUGUCAAUAGGCAAUGGCCAUGCUGAAAGUGCAGAGCGUGGAGGUGAAAACAGGCUGUCACCCAGUGUGGAUACUGAGGGUUCCAGUGAUGGAAGUGAUGGCAACACUUCAGGGGCUAAUCAAACAAGAAGGAAAAGAAGCCGUGGGGGAACACCAACCACUGCAGAUGGAGAAGGGAAAACUGAGAUACAAAGCAGUCCCAUUUCCAAAGAUAUCGCAGCUUCUAAUAAGAUCGUGGCAGUUGCCCCCGCUAGUGUUGCAGGAACAAUAGUUGGACCUGUAGUUUCUUCAGGUAUGACCACCGUGCUGGAGCUGCGAAAUCCUUCCAGUGUUCAUUCUAAAGCAAAUACCACAAGUGCACCACAACCUUCUGUAUUGCCUGCAGAAACUUGGUUACAGAAUGAGCGUGAGCUGAAACGAGAGAGGCGGAAACAAUCUAACCGAGAAUCUGCUAGAAGGUCCAGACUAAGGAAGCAGGCUGAAACUGAAGAACUGGCACGAAAAGUUGAUUCCUUGAAUUCUGAGAAUGAGACACUGAAAUCAGAAAUAAAUCGACUGACUGAAAGUUCCGAAAAAAUGAGGGUGGAAAAUGCAACAUUAAGGGAAAAACUUAAAAUUGCUCGACUGGGACAAACACAAGAGAUAACUUUGAACAUAAUUGACAGCGAGAGGGCUACACCUGAAAAGCUUGAAAUUGGAAACAGGAUGGCCAGCCUCAGCCUCAGCCUCAAACAGUAUAUCACCAACUUCUAUAGCAUGCUUCAACUUCUCUUCCAAAAGGAAAUCACCAUAACUAUGUUGUCCCCAAGAUUAACAUUGUCACAUGCCAGUUCUAUAAGCAAUAGGUUUAGUAACUAAAUGAUCUGUUCAUAUUUCAGAUUUGUGCUAAAAAGUAGAAUUCUUAAUAUC